AUGUCCGUCGCCGCGUCGCUCGCGCGCGUCCCCGCGGCCCGCGCGCCGCCGCGUCGCCGCCGCGUCGCAUCGCGCGCGUCCUCGUCCUCGUCCUCGUCCUCGUCCCACGUCGCGUCCUCCUCGCCCGCCUCGGCCUCGGUCGUCGACGCGCGCGGGCGAUCGACGGUCGCGUCCUCCGCGUCCGCGCGCGUCGCGGCGCUGACCGCGGCGGCGACGGCGACCGCGGCGCAGGCGGCGACGUCGGGCGAGUCGGUGUCUCAGGUCGCGACGUCCGACGCGUGGUUCGGGUGGGCGUUCAUCCCCGGCGGCCCCGUGCUCGGUCCCGCGCUGCUCUGCGCGGGGUUCAUUUUGCUGCAAGCUGCGUACGAGAAGGCGACGGGGACGGGGCCGAGCGGGAAGGGCGACGGGUCGAAGAAGCGAUGA